AUGAAUAAGCACUUCAAGAUGUACAUAGCCUCUUCAACAAGCUUACGUACAUUGUUGGAAGUGACGACAAAGGUGCAAGAUAAGAAGGUACGAAAGGAAAGGGAAAAGGACUUAAGAGAUAUUGAUACUACUCCAAUAUUAAGAACAACUUCUUUUAUUGAGGCCCAGACAGCAAAGAUCUAUACUCAAAAGAUUAUGAAGCGAUUUGGAGAAGAGGUGAAGAAUGUAUUUGAAAUACCCCCACAAUACAUAAUGAGGCAUUGGAGAAAGGAUAUAAAAAAUGGGGUUUUUAUAGAUGAGAGUGGCAAUCAAAUUCAAGAAACAUCUCAACUACCACGCUCCAUUCGAUAUAAUGAGGUCUAUCAUGCAACUCGAUACCUCGUCGAGCGUGUAUCAGAGAGUACAGAGCUCCAUGAAUUUAUAAUGGCCAUAUUACGCAGCGGAAUUUGUCAGGUUGAUAGCCAAUUUGGGCAUAAGGGAGGUCCACAUAAUGAUGUCACAAUCAAUUGCAAUGCUGAAGAGUAUGGUAAUGUUGAAGCAAAUGCUAAUAUCGAUGAGAAUGCAGCUAGUUGUAGUGACAAACCAAUUGAAAGUGAACAUUGCCAAAAUAUCCUUGAGCCUCCACAAGCAUGA